AUGAUUGCCGGUGUCCCCCUUGAUGAAGUUAUUAUCGAGGCCCAUGGACCCAUUUUUAAUGGGCCUGGUGCUGAGAAACCUGAUCUACCUUUUGUCCUACGAAAAUUAGAAGCGUCACAACUCGAUGCUGUUGAACGAGCAAAAAAGUACGCUAUGGAACAGAACGUCAAAAUCGUUCUCCUUAAGCAAACUCAACAGUCCCAGAAUCUCCAAAUGAAUGCAGCACGUAGAAAUCAGACGUUGGCAUUGUUGAAUCGUAUUUACAUAGGCUCCAUAGCCUAUGAUAUUAAGGAGGAUAUGAUAAAACAAGCUUUUCUUCCUUUUGGACCCGUCAAGACUGUCAGUAUGAGCUGGGAUCCCGCUACUCAAAAGCACAAGGGCUUUGCAUUUGUUGAAUUUGAGUACCCGGAGGCAGCCCAACUGGCUAUUGAACAAAUGAAUGGAUCGAACUUUGGUGGUAGACUUCUAAAAGUUGGUCGACCGAGUAAUCUCCCUGACGCUGCACCCUUUAUGGCCGAGCUUAUCCAUGACUACAAACUUCAAAGUCGCAUCUACGUGUCUGGUGUUCACCUAGAUCUAUCCGAGUCGGAUAUUGCCCUGGUUUUUGAAGCUUUUGGGACAAUAACAAUGUGCCGCCUUGCACCUGACCCUCGUCGCCCAGGUUUUCACCGGGGGUUCGGGUACGUUGAAUUCGAUACCGAGCAGGCUGCUUCAGCCGCAGUCAUGAGUAUGAAUAAAUUUGAUCUUGGAGGUCAACUUUUGCGAGUAACAAAGGCGAUUUCUCCACUUGACGGCAUCAGCACGGUUCCUGUUGUUAGUCAGCUUCCGGCUGCAACUGCUGUUGCCGCCGCGUCUGUCACAGCAAUGCUGCUUUCAAUGGAGGCAGAACAGCUCCCAGAAGCACGGCCACCGGUAGAUCCCGUGAAAAGCUCUCGUGACAGAUCGAGGUCUCGCACGCAAUCUCCACGAUCGUCUCGCCACUCCAGACAUUCAAGGCGUAGGCGAAGGUCCUCCUCCGAAAGCCCUCGUCGCAGACGUUCCCGAGACUCCCGGUCGAAGCCUGUUUCCGUCCCCAAGAGUGUCGAGGAAUCUGACCACCCCAACUCCAAUGACCGAUUGAAGCCGGUCCAAGAAGAGCCGAAGAUUCAACCACCUACACUGACCAAUAACAGUAAUUGGUCGUCGGUAUCGCUGGAAGAGGAACAACAGCAGUCCUUUGUCCGGUCAAACGACAGUAGACUCUACAAUAUUCCCUCCCCUUCCACCAUACCACUGCCACCGCCCGAUUAA